AGGCGUGUUGGAGAAACUACGGUGGCUGCGAAAAAUGUGAAAGGCCCUAUCUAGAGCCAGUGUUUGGUUUGUCCGUUCUGGGCUACUGUAGAAACAUGGUGAUGCAACAUGGUGGCCUCCGUGAAAGAGGAUCUGCUCCCUGUGGAGAUAAAAAUGACUCAUUCUAAGAUUGAAGAAUGGCACAGCAUCUGAAGUUGAGAGUCAUUGUGGGCGACGAUGACUAUAGAAGACUUGAUCUCCAUUCAGGAAUGCCAGAAACUUUGGCAGAGUUUUACAAUACAAUUUGCCAAGCAUUUGGAAUUGAAACAGACUUUCGUAUUCAAUUCAUGGAUCCUGACUUCAACAAUGAUUUCAUGAAUGUUACAUCAGUACAGGACAUAAAGGACAGAAGUACAAUCAAGUUGGUGUACAUGGCAACCCUAACUCUAACCCCCCUAAAUGAUGUGGGUUUGAGUCCAUCUUCUGUAAUGCAGAAUGCUCCCAGCACUUCUGGAUCAUCUGGAGCACCAGUGAGCAACCAAACAUCUCCCAUUUCCUCACAGGCCUCAUUGCCCACAACAGACUCGGAUGACACCAUCAUUCUGCCACAUUCAGACAAUGAAUUGAGAUCACGUGCAUGGCCACGUGAAUUCCCCAUUCCUCACUUUCCAUACAAUGUAGAGGUGCAGCUUCAACGUGGAAAUGACAGCUUCAGAGAAACUGGCACUCAACUGAAGAUUACUCCAGGGUUGAAGUCUGACAUCUUAGAGAAGCUAGCCGAGGAGAUCUUCCAGUAUACAGCGUACCCACAAAAUUACCAAAUAGAUGAUGUAGCAGAGGCACUCAUCAAAAAAUUUCCCUGUUUGAAGGAACCAUCUGCCACUGGUUACUAUGGCUGGAUGAUUAGCCUAAAAUAUAAAAUGGCUAAUUACAGAACAAAGAUGCGAACUAUUGGCUUUCCAGAAGUGACUGUAAAUGCUUUGAAAAACAAACGUAGUGAUGACUGCCUCCCAGCCAAAAAUGUAAAGAAGCCUAAAUAGGCUGAAUUCAACUUUUGUCCUUCACACCCUGCUGGCGAAACGGAUGAAAGCUUAGAAAAUGUCAGACUUGAAAUGUUGAAUGAUGUCAGACAAAGAAACAGUGCAUCAUGUGUAAAAAAGAAGAUGUCAAAAACAUUCUCCUACAGAAGAAAAGAGGUAGUGCAGGAAAAUCCAGCUGCCGGAGAGUUUAAAGCCAGGUGGCCUGCACUUUUUCACAUUGAUGAGAUAAAUACUGAAUUCCAGCGCAUAACAACCGUCCCACUUGAAACAACCUUCAUGGCUCAGUUGGACAGCCAUUUACCCCAGCUGACAUCUAUUUUCAACAAAAAGGGAGGUUUUUCUGGCCAAAAACUAGCCAAACAUCUGGCGAUCUUGCAAGAGGCUACAAGUGACAUCAAUCUUAAAAGGGCAGCAGUCCUCAAGGCACUUUGCAUCUACCUUAGUGAGGAUGAUGGACAUCUCAUUCGGGAGUAUAAGGACAUCGAAGGAGAUGACAUCCAGAGAGACCUGCAGAAUUCCACCAUGGGCGUAUAUGUCAUCAACAAGGAGGGUGGAGAAAUUGGAGCACAUGAUGACAUUGACAUUUAUGUUGAAGGAGAAAUCAUUCUGGACAACAUUGGAUCUGUAGCCCAAGCAUGUGCAAUGAUGCUGGGAGACAUCUAUGUAUUGAACAUGGCUUACCCCAAAGAGCUGAAAUACUCCUAUGAAUUCAUUCAAAAAGUGCUCUUGAAAAUGGAGAAAGGCUUUCCCCCAAAGUCCUUGGACUAAAGAACAAAAUCAUUGCUGAUGUUUCAAACUGAAAACAAAGUGAGUGGUGGACUGUAAUACAUAGCCACUGGUGUGAACAUUUAAAGUUUUCAUGGGAUUUUGUAGAAUAUUCACCUGAAAUAAGAAAUGCAAUCAUGGAAAUAAGCCAGGUUUCUAUCCACACUCAGCACAAAAUGUAUCCAUCCAUCCAUUAACGCCAUAUGAAUAUUAGAAGUUAAGCGCUUUGAGAUAAACAGUUGGUGACGUCUGCGCCAUUAAGGCAUUGCAUAAGAAGAGGACACAAUGAGAUGAUGUCAUUAAUAGAGCUCCAGUCAAAGUUCAAACGAUGGAGAACCAUGUGGAAAACAUGGAAUUAUGACAUUUCUUGUUAGUUUCAUGUAAGAAUGUUACAGCCUCCUCAUUGCUCCACACAGAUGUAAUGUUUUCAUUUGCCACUAUUUUUAUUAUUCUCAGAGGAGCUUAAGCUUCAGUGGACAAUGGGUGGUAAAAGGCUUUCCUCCAAAGUUUGUUCUGUGUAUAUAUAUAUGUAUACAGCCACUAUUGUGAACAUUUAAAGCUGUACUAAGGAUGUUUUGGAAUAUUGACUCAAUGUAAGUUUGCAGUUUAAUGUAAUCUCACACAAGUUCCUCAGUGUUUGCUGUCUUCCAGCUAAUCUGGUUCAUUUGUUUUGUUUUUGUUACAAAUGGUACAAUGUAUUUUAUGUUAAUGGAUGAUAUUAGUGCAUUUUGUUAUAAGAAAGCAAUUUGAGAAAUGGUGACUAUUGAGUUACAUUACUGGCAUUCAUGUUUGAGAGAGCAAAAAUAUCUGUUGGAUCAGAAAAAUAAAG